AUGGCUAGCUUUGCAACAAACUGGAAGGAUCUCAGCGGCGAGAACGAGUGGGAGGGUCUUCUCGACCCUCUUGACAUCAAUCUCCGCCGCUAUAUCAUUCACUACGGUGAAAGGUCUGGAUCGAUAGCUACCGUGGUGACCGAGCAGAAGUCGAAAAACUACGGACUUCCUCGAUACGCAAAGGGACAUUUGUUCCAAAAGGUGGGUUUGGAGAAUGGUAAUCCAUACAAGUACGUGGUGAAAAAUUAUUUUUAUGCAGCUCAUGUGGAACUUUCCCCCAAGAAAUCAAACUUUGUUGGUUUUGUUGCGGUGACAACUGAUGAAGGAACAAAGCUGCUAGGCAGGAGGGAUGUCUUGAUUUCUUGGAGAGGAACCCAGUUGAAACAUGAAUGGCUUGUUGGCAUCAAGAUCAAUUUAGUCCCAGCUGCUCACAUUCUGGGAGAGCAGAAUGAUCCUAAGGUGCACCAUGGUUGGCUUUCGUAUUACACUGAUAUCGACCCUGCGUCCUCACACAAUCGACUUACUAAUUCCAGAGAUCAGGCUCUGGCUGCUCUUAAAGAAGUACUCAAUGAAUACAAGGGUGAAGAAAUCAGCAUUACAGUCACUGGUCACAGCAUGGGUGCUGCUAUGGCAACUUUAAAGGCAACUGAUAUUGUUCGCAACGGAUACAACAUACUGCUGGAAGAUCAACCAAAUAAGGUCAUUCCUGUCACAGCCUUUGUGUUUGCUUGCCCUCGUGUUGGAAACGAGGGUUUUGGAAAUGUAUUUUCCGGUCUUGAAAAUCUUCACGUCUUGCGUGUAACAAAUGACCAAGAUAUAGUCCCUAAACAACCAGAAACGGCCGACUAUGUUCAUGUUGGAAAAGAGCUGAGAUUCGACUCUGUCAAGUCGCCGUUCAUGAAAGUUAUUCCUGAUGUUGUGAUCAAAGAAAAAGUAGGCAUUUUGCACGAUCUGGAGGUUUACUUGCAUGGAGUUGCAGGAACUCACGGGAUUAAUAGUUCUGAUUUCAAACUGGAAGUUGAUCGUGAUCUCUCACUGGUAAACAAGUAUAUUGAUGGCGUGAAGGAUGAAUAUAAUAUAGUUGCAGAGUGGUGGACCGAGAAGAACAAGUCUAUGAUCCAAACGAGUGAUGGCUUUUGGGUGUUGGAUGAUCACGAGAAAGAUGAGAGCGAGUCAUGA